GGACGCCGGAAGUGCUACACCCGGAAGUGUCUCAGGUGAGCGGGAGCCGCGCCGCCGAGGCCUUACCGCUAUGGGCCGAAACAAGAAGAAGAAGCGAGAUGGCGAUAGCCGGCGGCCGCGGCUCAUUCUGAGCUUCGACGAGGAGAAGCGACGGGAGUAUCUGACAGGCUUCCAUAAGCGGAAGGUGGAGCGGAAGAAAGCGGCCAUUGAGGAGAUCAAGCAGCGGCUUAAGGAGGAGCAGAAGAAGCUCCGGGAGGAGCGCCACCAGGAAUACUUGAAGAUGCUGGCAGAGAGAGAGGAAGCUCUGGAGGAGGCAGACGAACUGGACCGGCUAGUGACAGCAAAGACAGAGUCGGUGCAGUAUGACCACCCCAACCACACUGUCACCGUGACCACCAUCAGCGACCUGGACCUCUCGGGGGCCCGGCUGCUGGGACUAACUCCGCCUGAGCAAGGGGCCGGGCAUGGGCCCGAGGAGGAGACAUCGUCUGUGGAGAAGCCAAGCAGAGCCUUGCCCAGGAAGUCCAGAGACCCCCUGCUGUCCCAGCGGAUCUCAUCUCUCACAGCCUCGCUGCAUGCACAUAGUCGCAAAAAGGUCAAGAGGAAACACCCCCGCCGGGCCCAGGAGUCCACCAAGAAGCCCCCGAGCGCCACUCGUACCAGCAAGACCCAGCGUCGCCGGCUGACAGGCAAAGCCCGGCACAGUGGGGAGUGAGACCGGCCAGCAGGCCAUGCCCGCCUGGGCUGCACAGACCAGCAUCUCAGCUUGGCUGUCCUCUAACCCAGCUUGCGCCCAGGCGAUGGCUCCACUGCCCAGGCUUAGGAGGCCAGCACCUCUCUGGCCUGGGGCUUGGGCUCCAGAAGGCGCAGGCAGCUGAGAGCUGGCCUCCCCCGCCAGGAGCCUCCAGGGCCAUUUGGGACGUCUUCCCAGGUGUACACCCCAUGGUCCCUUCAACAGACUCGUGAAGCUAAGCACACUGUGGUUGGUUGGUCCCUGGCCCUGGUGCCACACACCAAGGGCAGGCGUUGGGGGUAGUGGAACCCACUGGGGGCGUGGGUCAUGCUCACUCUGCGGCAGCUUCCCCUGGGGCUGCGGGAAGGCGCUGCCGGGGCCAGGCGCCUGACCAGGGCAGAAGGCCAGCACCACCCCCGGUAGUGGAAUCCAGAGUCCACCCUCUGCUCUGGAACAUGGGCUGGUGGGUGAGCAGCCGGCCUCAGGCUUCGCCUGGCCGAGACUCUGGGCCUGUCCUUUCUUGGCCUUGUUGGUCUCAGCUGAUCUGAAGGGGCGGAGGUAAGCGAGUCCUGGGUGUUCCUCACCCCAGGCUUCCAGCAGCUCCCAGGCAGAGCCCAGCCAAGAAGGAACCAUUAGUCCUUUGUCGAGAAAAUAUACCUCAACUCGCCAGGAAGCUUGGCCCUCUUGGAGCAGGCCCCCCGGGAGGCCACCGGUGUCCUGUGAGGGCUCCCGAUUCUUCACGCUUCUCCCACAUGGACCUUCAGGUGCGGCUUCAGAGCCGAUGAAAACCAGCCUUGCUCCUUCCACGUCCCGCGUGCGGGUGACCACCUCGCUCACACGCCCCGCUGUUCUCCCGAGCAAGCAGGGCUGGUGGCGGAGUCCAGGCCCACCUGAGGCGGGUGGAUGCGGUGCGGUGUGGACGGCCAGCACACCUGUUCUGGAGAUGGUCAGACCCCACUUGUGCUGACUGGUUCCUGUGACCGGACCAGAGCACAGGGAGCUGCGGUUGGGCCCCGACGCUGGGACUGCAGAGGGGAGAGAUGAGCUCUCAGCCCAGGCGAAGCUCAUGGGCCAGUGAGUGUACUGGUGUGAGGGGAGUGCCUGGAGGAAGGGCAGCAGGGGACUGGGGCCUGCAGGGCAGGCCUUCCCCUCCACUCACGCCGUGGAGGGCCCCCCACAGGCAGGCGCUCUCCGACCCCAUAGCCCACGGUCUGGUGCUGUCUGCUGGCUGAUGCGGGUCUGAAGGCCACGCCUGGCUCCUCGGCUCCUUCCGCCGCUCACCCUGCUGUUUCCUCUUGUCCUUCCUGUGCUUGGGGUGGGGUGAUUCACCCCAUUUGGCUGCCAGGACGGAGGGUGGGGCCUGGUUCUGGGCUGUCUGGGUGGUUCUGGUAUUCGGGCCAGGGCCAUAGGUGAGUCUCGUCCUCACAGGCCCCGUGAGCGGGAGCAGAUGGGCCCGGGCUGCGCUUUGACUCCUGGCUCUGCCGCCAGCCCGCUGUAUGGGCUCCUCACUGCUGACCUCCCGGGGACCAUCCCCCCACCCCCACCCCCUGAGAUGACCUGACACCUGCCUCUCAGGCCUGCCCUGAGGCUGAUGUGAGACCUUGUGCAUGAACCACCUCCCACGGCUCCAGGGGUUCCUGGGUGUGGCUUCCAUGUGUGCCGGCUGCUGCAGAGACACCUGACCCGGCUCUUCUCCAUCCCCGGUGAUGUGGGGUCUUUUACAGCUGACACCUACAUAUAUAGUGUUGACUAGUAUUAAAUUCUCACCCACUCUC